AUACCAAAAGUUCAACAAUUUUCAUCAAGGAUGUCGAAAAAAAUGCUGAAAAGUCACCAACUUCCACCAAUGACAUCAACGAUCAUUCUUCUACUUCCACUAAUGACAUUGACUAUCAUUCAGAUACCAAAAGUUCAACAAAUUCCAUCAAGGAUGUCGAAACAAAUGCUGAAAAGUCACCAACUUCCACCAAUGACAUUUAUUAUCAUUCGGAUGCCGAAAGUUCAACAACCUUAACCAAUGAUGUCGACUAUACUUCAAAUAUUGAAAUAUUGCCAACUCUUACCAAUUAUGUAAACUCCAUUUCAAAUAUUGAGAAAUCAUCAUCAACCAUCAUCAAUCACGUCGAAUCUGCUGCUUCAAAUGUUGGAAAAUCAUCAACUUUUACUAAUUAUAUCGGAUCUACUUCGAAUAUUGAAAUACUUACCAAUGAUGCAAAUUCUGAUUCAUAUAUGGAGAUCAUUGAUUUGAAUGAAUUUCUUCAACUUCAUCAUAGUCUCGAUUUUCCUAAAGCAUUUAAAUUAAUUAAUGAUUAUGCCAAACAAGAUCCAUCAUCACCUAAGAUAAAAUUUUGGAUGGGAUAUUAUCAUUAUAAAGGAUAUCAUGUCAAACCAAAUAAGAGAGAUGCAAUAAAAUGUUACAAAUAUUUUGAAGCAGCCGCAAAAUUAAAUGAUCCCGAUGCUCAAUACUAUUGUUCUCAUAUGAUCAUUAAUAAUUUAAUAGCAGAUAGCAAAGAGAAUAAUAGAUUUGAAAUUGCUUUAGAAUAUUUGAAAAAAGCAGCAGAACAAAAUCAUCCAGCUAGUUUGGAACGGUUAGGUAAAAUAAUGAUAAAUGGUAAAUUUGGUUGUAAAAAAGAUAUUAAAGCUGGUCAAACUUUGGUCAACCGGUCUAAAAAAGUAGAUAACAGAUUCAAUAAGCCUGACAGGAAAGUAAUUACUAAAGAUGGCACGAGAGCAAGGAAAGAACGAAGUUAUUCAAAUGCAUCUACAAUUUCUUUGAAAAGGAACGUUUAUCAAAGGAAAAGCAGAACAUCAUCAAAUGCUAGUUCAUCUUCUUCCAUAAGAUCUAUGGUAGUUUCUAAAUCAUUUUCUAGCAAAAAAUCUAACACAAAGAAAACGGAUCAAUUCAGACAUAGUGCAUAUGCAUAA